AUGGCCACCGCAGACGAAUUGGCUCCGUCUCACAGGUCACAUAAACCAAGAAAAUCAGGUCCUUCUUACAUGAAAAAGAAUCCAAAAACCGAUAACAAGAUGGUGAAGCAGCAAAACCCUAAGGCGUUUGGUGUUAACUCUGCUAUGAAGGCGAAGCGUAAUCAAGCUCGCUCUAUGGAGAAGGAGCAGCGACGAAUUCAUCUUCCUACGAUAGAUCGUACUUACGGAGAAUCUCCUCCUUACGUAGUGGUGGUUCAAGGCCCACCAGCGGUUGGAAAAUCCCUAGUGAUCAAGUCCCUUGUGAAGCACGUCACGCACCAGAACCUACCCGAGGUUAGAGGACCUAUCACCAUUGUAACAGGUAAGGAUAAAAGAAUACAGAUCGUGGAGUGCCCUAAUGAUAUCAACGCGAUGGUGGAUUUAGCCAAAGUCGCUGAUCUAGCUUUACUUGUCAUAGACGGAAGCUAUGGUUUUGAGUUGGAGACUUUUGAGUUUCUAAAUAUUAUGCAAGUUCAUGGCUUUCCUAAAGUUAUGGGAGUGCUCACUCACCUUGACGAGUUAAAGGAUGUGAAGAAGCUGAGGCAAACAAAGCAGCGUCUCACGCGUCGGUUUUGCACAGAGACAUACAAUGGAGCUACUCUGGUUUAUCUACAUGGUCUCAUUCAUGGCAAGUACUAUUCGCAGCGUGAGACUCUCAACCUCUUCCGGUUUAUCACGAAAUCUAUCAAGAUUCCUCCUUUGACAUGGCGAGCAACGCAUCCGUAUCUGUUGUCUGAUCGUUUGGAAGAUGUUACGCCUCCGGAGAGAGUUGAGAUGGAUAAGAAAUGCGAUAGGAACAUCACGUUGUACGGUUACUUGCGUGGAUGUAACUUGAAACGAGGCAUGAAGGUUCAUAUAGCUGGAGUUGGUGACUACAGUUUAGCUGGUGUGAGUGUUUUGCCUGAUCCUUGUCCUUUACCAUCAGGUUUAGGUGGCAAGAAGAAGGGGCUGAGGGAAAAAGACAAGCUUUUCUAUGCUCCCAUGUCAGGGAUUGGAGAUCUUGUGUAUGACAAAGAUGCGGUUUACAUCGACAUUAAUGAUCACCUAGCUCAGUACUCUAAAACUGAUGAUGGAAAAAGCAGAGGAGAUGUUGGUGUAGAUUUGGUAAAGUCGUUGCAGAACACAAAACAUUGUGUCGAUGAGAAAUUGGAAAAGAGUUUUGUUGAUUUGUUUGGCAGGAAGACUAGUACUGCAAGUUCAGAAAGGGGUUAUCAAAUAGAUGAUAACACAUCAAAAUGGAAACAAGGGUUGAAGAAGGAUAUUAGAAAGAAGAAGCUAAACUUGGAGCAAAUUGUGUAUGGAGCAUCAGCUACUUCCUUGAUAAAUGAAGACCAUGAAAGUAGUGAUGAUGAUGAUGAAGACUUCUUUAAACCAAAAGGAGAAGAAAGCAAGAAAUUAGGUAGUGGAUUGGAUGUGUGUAAUGCCAACUCAGAGUAUUCUUCCAAGUUUGUGGGCUCUGGAAUUCUGAAGAACUGGAAAGAGAAACAAGUCUGUGAGAGCAUUCGUGAUCGAUUUACCACUGGUGAUUGGUCAAAAGCUGGUCUGAGAAAUCAGAAUGAUGAACUUUAUGGUGAUUUUGAGGAUCUUGAGACAGGAGAAAACCAUAGCAGCCAUCACAAUACAGAGCCGGGUGCUGAAGAAGUCGAGCGUGGGCUAAAAAAGCUGGCUCUAAGAGCAAAGUUUGAUGAAGAAACCAAUAACGAUGACAAUGGGAACAACCCUCGUAAUAGCCAGGCCAAGGAACCAGCUGGAUACUUUGAAAAAUUGAAGGAGGAGCUUGAGAUUAGAAAACAGAUGAACUUGUUAGCACUCAAUGAACUUGACGAGGAUACUCGGAUUGAGGUAGAAGGAUUCAGGACUGGAACAUACUUGCGGCUGGAGAUUCACAAUGUUCCUUAUGAGAUGGUUGAGUUCUUUGAUCCUUGUCAUCCAGUUCUUGUUGGAGGUAUUGGUUUCGGCGAGGACAAUGCUGGAUACAUGCAGGCCCGGUUAAAGAAACAUAGGUGGCACAAGAAAGUACUUAAGACGAGAGAUCCCCUUGUUGUGUCUAUCGGAUGGAGACGCUAUCAGACGCUUCCUGUAUACGCCACUGAAGAUCCCAACGGCAAACAACGAAUGCUCAAGUAUACUCCACAACACAUGCAUUGCCUUGCUAUGCUCUGGGGUCCUCUUGUCCCACCCAAAACCGGCUUUGUCGCUUUCCAGAACCUGUCAAACAAUCAGGCAGGAAUUAGGAUAGCAGCGACUGGUGUGGUUCUCGAGUUUAAUUACCAAACUCGUAUUGACAAGAAAAUCAAGCUGGUCGGACACCCUUGCAAGAUCAAGAAAAAGACUGCAUUUAUCAGAGACAUGUUCACUUCUGACCUUGAAAUAGCUCGGUAUGAAGGUUCAGCUGUCCAGACAGUUAGUGGCAUCAGAGGACAAUUGAAAAAGGUGCAAAAAAACAUGCUUGAUAACCAGGUCCAAGAAGGAGGGAUUGCGAGGUGUACCUUUGAAGAUCAAAUAAAAAUGAGCGACAUCGUCUUCUUAAAGGCUUGGACCAAAGUGGAAGUUCCACAGUUUUACAAUCCUCUAACCACGGCAUUGCAACCCCGGGAUAAGACCUGGCAAGGGAUGAAAACACUUGGCCAGCUUCGUAGAGAGCAAAACAUUCCUGUUCCUUUGAACAAGGAUUCACUUUACAAGCCAAUCGAAAGGAAGUGUAAGAAGUUUAAUCCUUUGGUGGUGCCAAGGAGCCUACAAGCAGCUCUACCGUUUGAAUCCAAACCCAAAGACAUACCAGUGAGGAAAAGACCGUCACUAGAGGCUAAAAGAGCUGUUGUGAUGGAACCGAAAGAACGAAAAGCUCUUGCUAUCCUCCAGCAUUUUCGCCUGAUGAAUAAAGACAAGAUGAAGAAAAGAAAAGUAAAGGAGCAGCUGAAGAAGAUGCUGUAUGAGGCAGAGAAAACUAAGAAUGAGGAAAUGUCUAAGAAACGGAAGAGAGAGGAGAUCCAUGAGAGGUACCGUACUGAGAAUCAACAGAAAAAGAAGAUGAGAAGAAGCCGAGACUAG